AAUAGAGUAGAGGUGGGAAGGGAGAUUCAAUUGAAGUAUAAGACUUCGAAGUAGUGGUGUCGAACAUGGAUGAGGAGAUGCCUUGCGAAAGCUUGGGGUCGAGGGACAGACAUCAAAUCAAACUCGAGACCCCAACGCAUGAAACACCUGCAAAGUAAACUCGGGCUUCGAUGCAGACUCUCGCGGAUAUUAAGGAACGUAAAUCAUCCUCAAGCUCUUCGUGAUCUGCCGUCACGGCAACUUUCCCUCUUCUUCCAGCUGGUUACUUUGCUGUUCUGCUUGGAGAAUGGGCCUGUGAAACGGAUAUUUCAAACUUCUUGGCGCUUUGUCGAAUUUCAAGUCAUCAAGAUUAAAAGACACCAGGCAGUUGAAGGGAGACUUUCUUUCAUCCCACUUGCGCAUCUGCCUAAAAUCGUGGACAGAGAGGCAUCACAUCAUCAGAGAAGGAAAAUCCCGCAUAACCCAUUCCUUUUCCCUUCGCCCAUGCAUUUAUCACCUUGGAAUCACCGCUUUUCCCCAUAAUCUUGUCAUCAAACAUCCACUGAGAACGAAUAGUCCGACCACAGGAUGGAACUCAAAGGUGGUCCCUGUUGCCCAAGUUCCCAUGGGAAUAUCUUCCAGGAUCCAACCCUGGCUGACCCAGUAUGCCAUCAACGCUGCAAUCGACAACGAGGUAGGGAUUGGAGUGCCUUCAAAAUAUUUGCUCUUUCCCGUAUCAUCUUUGGGUACAUUCGCA